UUUUUGCUGUCUGUCAUUCAAACAUGUCGAUUUGAACUCGAGAUUAUCUUAAUGCGAUAUAUUUUUGUAAUUUAUUAAAAGCUACUUGUUUUGUAAAAUUCAAGAUAACCAUUUAAUGAAAAGCUUCAUUUUUAUCGUUGGAAAAUUAUAUUUGCCAAAUUUAAAGCUAGCUCUUAACAUAAAAAUACAAAAUGGAUACCGACUAUAAAUCCAGAAAACAAGUUAACUACGAUCAGUUGAAAGCUAUGAUAGAUUUUUUGAAGGAGCAUCAGCAACUCGCCAAGGGUUUGAUGCGAGGCCGCCGAGGGAAGCUUCACACGCUUAAGCUGUGGAACCUUUGUGCAAAAAAACUGAAUGGUUACAAAGGCGGGACUGUUAAAGAUGGAAAGGGAUGGUCAAAGUAUUGGUGUGACUGGAAAUAUAGAGUUCGCAGAAGAGCUCUAGAACUAAAGGCUGUGAAGGACACCAACCGACCAGUACCAGACAUUACUCCGUUAUCUAACUUAGAGGAAUCCAUACUGAGUAUCAUUGGAGAUACUGCUGUUGAUGAUGUUGUCAUUAAGAUUGACCCGCUGGCCCAAGGUGAUACUGAGGAUGAUGAUCCAGAUAACACUGAAAAUAAUGAUGAAACCUCUGACAAUCAAUUUCUUGUGAAUGAACCAGUACUCACUAAAAAGAAAAAGCGACGUCAUUCUUCUUCAAGAGAUCUUUCAGAUUUAGAUGAAUGUGCUGGACCAAGCAGUCCACCAGAACGGAAGGCCAGGUUUAGUGUAAGAAAUGGUGAUAAAGCUGAAAUAGAUAACGACGACGAAGCUUCCGAGUUCUUAAAUUUAGAAAGAGAAAAAUUAGAAAAUAGUAAAAAAAUGUGUGAAUCGAUACAAACAAUCGCAUCUGAAAUUACUAGACUGGCAGAUAUCAUGAGUCAUAUUAGAGAUGUUUUAAUUAAUAAUAGAAUUAGUUUAUAAGGUAUAUUUAUUAAAAAAUAUGAAACUACUAAA